AUGCCAGCCUACUUGGAAGAUUCGGGGCCUGGCCUCGUCACGUAUAGAUUCCUCGUCGACACUAUCUUUGAGUCCAUGUAUGUUCCGCCAUGGUGGCCACGGCUCGCAGGUCUCUUGGCCGACCUGGAGUCAGGAAACACAACCGGGGCGCUGGAAAGAAUGAACAAGGAAUGGUGGAGCACCGACCCCGGUGUUGCCUUCAAAGCGAUGCUGCCUCCGGCCAACGAUGAACUCGUUAGCAUGGUCAUUUGCCCCGAGGGUUACGACCAACCUCAGCCCGAGAAUCUAGAGUUCUGGAAAGCUAUAUGGCAAAACGCAACACACGCUUCUUGGAUUUCCGGAGAUAUGCGCUUCUACUACGUCUUUCCAUGCCGCCAGUUCUACAAGUACUGGCCGACGCCCGCCGAGGUGUACCGAGGUGGUCUCAGCAAGACACUAAAGAACCCUUUGCUGCUCAUCUCCGAGACUCAUUAUCCAGCCACCCCCUUGCGUCACGGGCGCCGACUCCGCGAGGCUUUUGGUAGCGACAACGCUCGGCUCAUUGUGCAUCAUGGGUACGGACACGGCUCUCACCUCGACCCAUCCGACUGCACUGAUGCAAUUGGCCGAAAAUACAUUCUCGAAGGCAUCCUCCCUGAUGCAGACGAAACACACUGCAGCGCCAAUGCUAAGCCGUUCAGCCCCAGUUACCAAAGUGCUCUUGAUGAGGCUGAGCUAACCUGGAACCUGCGGAUGACACGGCAUUGA